CACAGAUCACAGGUGUGUCGUAUGUAAAUGAAAUGAACUUACGUGUAUUUAUACAAUUUUAAUAAGUUAUUAAUCAAUAUAACAAAAUAGUUCAUUAAAACGAACAUGUAAUUAAGUUCCGCUUGCCUGUGGUUCCAACUGCAAUCCGGUUUGAGAGCUAAUAUUUGAGUUAGAUUUUACGUUAGCUUCUUAAUUGAUCCGAAACAUUAAUCAAAAAUGUCCUGUUCAGCUAUAUACAUUUUAGACGUGAAGGGGAAAGUUUUAAUAUCAAGAAACUACAGAGGCGAUAUCGACCUCGGGGUUAUUGAGAAGUUCAUGCCUCUUUUAAUGGAAAAAGAGGAAGAGGGCCUUCUAACACCGAUUUUGCAAAUUCCCGAAUGUACUUUCUCUUACAUUAAAACCAACAAUCUCUAUAUAGUCAGUACAACCAAGAAAAAUGGAAACAUCGCUCUCGUAUUCGUAUUUCUACAUAAAAUCGUUCAAGUUAUGACAGAGUACUUCAAGGAGCUCGAAGAAGAAAGUAUAAGAGAUAAUUUUGUAGUAAUUUACGAACUUCUCGACGAGUUACUGGAUUUCGGUUAUCCCCAAACAACGGAUACAAAGAUACUUCAAGAGUACAUAACGCAGGAAGGCCAUAAAUUGGAAAUACAACCGAGAAUUCCAGUUGCUGUAACGAACGCCGUAUCUUGGCGAUCGGAAGGCAUAAAAUAUAGAAAAAACGAAGUAUUUUUAGACGUAAUAGAAUCCGUUAACCUAUUAGCGAACGCCAACGGUAACGUUUUAAGAAGCGAAAUAGUAGGAGCAAUAAAAAUGAGAGUGUAUCUAUCGGGAAUGCCGGAAUUGAGACUAGGUCUUAACGAUAAAGUUCUCUUCGAGAGCACCGGUCGAGGCAAAUCAAAAUCCGUAGAACUCGAAGACGUUAAAUUCCACCAAUGCGUUAGAUUAUCCAGGUUCGAAAUAGACAGGACUAUUUCGUUCAUACCGCCUGAUGGCGAGUUCGAAUUGAUGUCGUAUCGACUAAACACCCACGUGAAGCCUUUAAUUUGGAUCGAAUCCGUUAUAGAAAGACACGCGCAUAGUCGAGUAGAGUACAUGAUCAAGGCCAAAUCGCAAUUCAAGAGACGUUCUACGGCGAACAACGUGGAAAUAUUCAUUCCGGUGCCGCACGAUGCGGAUUCCCCCAAAUUCAAAACGACCAUCGGCUCGGUUAAAUACGCUCCGGAACAGAACGCCAUUACGUGGAGCAUAAAAUCGUUCCCCGGAGGCAAAGAAUAUCUGAUGAGAGCCCACUUUGGGCUGCCGAGCGUCGUGUGCGAAGACACCGAGGGAAAGCCGCCCAUUCAAGUGAAGUUCGAAAUUCCCUAUUUCACUACUUCGGGCAUUCAAGUGAGGUACUUGAAAAUCAUAGAGAAGAGCGGUUAUCAAGCCUUGCCUUGGGUCAGGUACAUUACCCAAAAUGGAGACUACCAGCUGCGUACUAAUUAAAAGUUGUUACUACUUUUAUGCUAUUUUAAAUUAGAUUUGUAUUGUUAAACUUCAUAUUCAUUACAGCAUUAUUAAAUAAGUAUUUUAAUAAACUGGGUAUAUUAGAUAUUUUUAAGAAUCUUGGUCCAAAUGUGAUUAAAGUAAUAG